AUGUCGAGCACCAACAGUGCCAACAGGCUACACUGGACACAGCGCAUUGCGUUAGUACGACACAACCUGCACGCUGCCAGCCGGAGCGGUGACUUCCACUUCUUCAAGAACCUACAAGCUGCUGGUCUCAUUGAAGGCGUAAACCACAUCGCAACUCUAGCAGAAGAGCUCGGCGAUGAUGCAGACCUAGUCUCGAUCGCACUUGAUAACCUGAACGCAGGCCUUGCCUAUGUGCACCAGGACGCCUUCAAGAAUGCCUACGAGAACUUCAAGAGCGACACUCGUGGUUCAGACGACGGCAAAGACUCCGAUCGAUCAAAGGUAUACGUCGACAUCACCAUGCAGAAGAACAUGGCCGAUAUGGCAAUUGAUAAGAUGACUUCAUCUGCAAUUGCGCUCAUCAACCAGCAGCCGGAGAACGCACAAGACGCUGCUGCAAAUGCGUGGAUCACUGGGACUACAAUAAUCGCCGACUGCAUGGAAGUUGCUUUACUGCAGAUGGAUAUGCUAGACGCAAAGCUCGACGACUUCAUCCGUAUGGAGGACAGCUGGAACACCGUCCGAGCGUCAGUCGUCUGCGCCGUAACUGGAUUGAAAGGCGUCUUCCGUCUCAUGGACCAGAGCAGCCCACAAAACUCGCAGAAGCCAUCACCACGUAACUCAAGCGUCGCCAGCGCGAGCAGUGCCGUCUUCCGCCGCCUGUCCAACGCCUUCGCGUCUGGUCCACCGUCCAACCACAGCCGCCAAUCGAGCGUUGCAAGCGCUAGCGCGACCAUGCGGAGUCCCUCCAUCAGCUCUACUGGGCCGGUUUACCGCACGCCAAAUUACGUCAGGAACAGUGUGAGCGCUGGCUGCCCUACUUCUCUCCCCUUCCACGUUGAUUUGGAGAGGAAGAAGCUCAGCAUGAUACCACCUACACCAGCUGUAGACGAUCAGGCUGAUCCGUUUGACACGAGCGUACCGCCGUUACCGCAGAUGCCGGCGAUCGAGGCGUUGCCACCGAUGCCUGCGCCAGUGGCUGUGAGUGUGGAUGAGAGGACGAUGGGACAGGCUGUGUGA